AUGACUGGCGAUAGGCCUUGGAUGGUCACAACCAGAUUGAGGCCAUUCUUUUGGAUCUCUCCCAGGCCUUUGACUGUCUUCCACGUGACUGUCUUCCACGUGACCUGUUCCCCAGGAAGCUCUAGGAAGCUCUCAUCUUUUGGGAUAUCGACUGAGGCUGUUAGUCUCACGAGUAGCUAUCUAUCGACUAAGGCUGUUAGUCUCACGGGUAGCUAUCUGUCGACUGAGGCUGUUAGUCUCACGGGUAGCUAUCUGUCGACUGAGGCCGUUAGUCUCACGGGUAGCUAUCUGUCGACUGAGGCUGUUAGUCUCACGGGUAGCUAUCUAUCGACUAAGGCUGUUAGUCUCACGAGUAGCUAUCUAUCGACUGAGGCUGUUAGUCUCACGAGUAGCUAUCUGUCGACUGAGGCUGUUAGUCUCACGGGUAGCUAUCUGUCGACUGAGGCUGUUAGUCUCACGAGUAGCUAUCUGUCGACUGAUCAUGAGGCUGUUAGACUCACGAGUAGCUAUCUGUCGACUGAGGCUGUUAGUCUCACGAGUAGCUAUCUAUCGACUGAGGCUGUUAGUCUCACGAGUAGCUAUCUGUCGACUGAGGCUGUUAGUCUCACGAGUAACUAUCUGUCGACUGAGGCUGUUAGUCUCACGAGUAGCUAUCUGUCUGGGGAACAGGAAGCAGAUGGAACUUAUGGCCUUUGA